AUGCCAGAAACACAUGUUGCUAUCGUCCAAAAUGCCCGAGGAGCUACUGGCGGCACAGAGACCAUGAAACUGGGUCGAAGCAUAAUUUGCGUUGACUUAAAUCCCCAAGUUAUCAAACAGGGAGUCGAGCAAACCAUCAGAUUGUUACAACGGACAAUGGACCAGCAGAAUGUGGUUGUUGACGCCUUGCCGUAUUUCGACAAAGGUUACGGCGAGAGCGGUAUGCAGGAGGCCAAUGCACUGCUAACGGAGGAAAUGCGACGCUAUCGACCUACCAAAAACUACUUGGAGAAUUUCCCCUCGCUAGCUGGUCCUAUUUCAACGAAAUUUGAGACUGAACUUGUGCGUACAGAGUUUGACCGCCUUGCCAAUCGGCUGCCCAUGGAGUUGAUGAGCAUGAAACGCUACGAAUUGCCUCCGCCUCCAUCGGCCAAAAUGGGCGAUCUACGUUCUUGGCAGGAAGCUAUCGAAAAUGCCCAUGCUCAACUGGAGCACCAGCUGACGCGUAUCAACAACUUGGAAUUGAUGAGUGAGUACGGCUCAACAGCUUGGAAGUCGUACAACGAGGAGCUCGAAAGAAUCCUUCGCAAGCACGAGAAGGACCUUCUCGAAAUGAGACGCAAGGUACAGGAGAUCAAUUGGCAGCGCAAACAGGAGCAAAUGGUGGCAGGCGAGACACUUACUCAACUGGAAGAAGAAUGGGUCUCCCUUGUGGGCAAGAACUACGAAAUUGAGCAGGCUAUCUUAGAUCUGGAGCAGGAACUGGAGGUCUCCGCGCACCCAUCGCUGAGCGAAGAUGCUAAGGAACCCUAG